GAGUUCGUCCCCGAAAGUCAAAUGUCGCGUGCGGCCACUAGAUUAUUCCUGACGCCGUCGCUCCUCCCAAUUCCACUCCCCAAGUGGCUGCAGCGGAGGCGGCGGGCCAGCAUCUGCACGACCAGGAGGUCCUUCGCGAUGGCGGCUUCGGGGUUCGGAGACGGUGAGGCGUUCCGGCUGUCGGCGGCGGCGGGGGCCGGCGUGCUGAAGCUGCACAAGGGUGACAUCACCCUCUGGUCCGUCGACGGCGCCACAGACGCCAUCGUUAAUGCUGCUAAUGAACGAAUGCUAGGAGGUGGAGGUGUUGAUGGAGCUAUACAUCGAGCUGCUGGACCACAACUUGUUGAAGCAUGCCGUAAAGUUCCAGAGGUAGAACCUGGAGUUCGUUGCCCGACUGGAGAAGCUAGAAUUACUCCAGCUUUCAAGCUUCCCGUUUCCAGUGUGAUACACACAGUUGGACCCAUAUAUGAUAUGGACAGACAGCCUGAGGUGUCUUUAAAGAAUGCUUACGCAAAUAGCUUGAAGCUUGCUAAAGAGAAUGGCAUUCAGUACAUUGCCUUCCCUGCUAUAUCAUGUGGUGUUUUUCGUUACCCUCUAGAGGAAGCAUCAAAAAUAGCUGUUUCAACUGCUCAACAAUUUUCUGGGGAUAUUAAAGAGGUGCACUUUGUUCUGUUUUCAGAUGAGCUCUACAAUGUUUGGCGUCAGGCUGCCCAGGAGAUGCUGACGCAAUUUGAGAAAUGAAUAGCCGAUAGAGUUCCCUGAUGUAGGGUAGUAUGUUCUUGUCAGCCGGCUAGUGUAGUUGGUUCAUUAUGAUAGAAUGUAUGGUACUACUAUUUUUAUGCUUUUGUCUGAAAGAGAGUUGGAUGGAUAUGUUGGAUCAGUGUCUGCCCUGUGCUACAUUUUCUUAUGAAUAAACGUACCGAAGCCAAAAUGUUGUUACAUAAGAUGCCUGAGAGGUGUUAUAAUAUUACAGCACGUUUUU